CCCACGGGAGGCUGCUCUUGCUGGGUCUGUUCCUCUCCGGCCCCGGUGGGGAAUCGCCGGGCGCUCUUUGUCCUGGAAAGGCCAAAGAGGGCGCGAGUGAUCGGCGUGGCGGGGGACGGAAGGGGGAUCAGGCGAAACAGAUCUGUAGCACCGGAUUCUAGGAAGCUGAAGAAGGGCAGAGCUUCAACAACAUGGCUAGCAAGCCCAGAAAUCAAAAGCCAGGAUGGAAACUGGCAGCCAAGGCAUCUCAGUUGAAGAGACCACGGAAUGUUGUUCCUUGGCAAAGCAAGGCCGAAUGGGAUCAAGUGAUGGUGGGGCUGUAUUGUGAGGACUGCCAGACGCAACGAGAUGCCCUGGACAGAGUGUCUGUCUGGAAGAGCAGGUUUGGGUCCAAGAUGCCUUUAGCUGUGGAAUGCACUGCAGACCUGAUCCGUUGUAAGCUCCUAGAUGCCUCUGGAGUUCUGAAAUCCCACGAACUGAUCUUGACCUAUGGCCUGGCACUGGUGAGGUUUUUGAAUCUCAUCACCGAGCGGAAGCAGAAGAAGAUUACCAUUCCACUGAGGCAUCUAGCAAAGGAGCUGAACAUCCCCACCUGGAUUGUUGAUCUCCGUCAUGACCUAACCCAUGGCACCCUUCCCCAGCUGGUGACUUGCCGAAAAGGUAAGAAAUUCAAAACUGAUAUCCUGGACAAAGCGCAGGAGGUUUAUGAGCACCAUUUAGCUGUUCUCAGGCAGCAGCCAGAUGUCAAUCAAGCUUGCAGAAUUUGGAACAUAGCUACUUCAGAGGUGGAGUGGGUUGUGGCUCAAAUGAAAGAUUUAUUACAAGAGAACAGGGAAGUUGUGGCUGAGACGUUGCUCGAAGAUGGCUUUCUCAUUCCAACUGCUGACACUUUACAGAUCUUGAAUAUUCCUCCUCAAGAAACUCACAAGUGGGAUUUUAAGAUCCCUCCAGCAUUUCUUCGUUUCUGGCAGCCCCUGCUUAGAGGUUUGCACUCCAAACAUUCCACUCAGACUCUACUGGAGAAAAUGUUUGAUGAUUUGAAGGCGCACGCAAGGAUUUCGUCACUUCGGUCUCAGUACCUCAUCAACUGGAUUGCAAAAAUUCUGAAGGCUAACUUGCCAGUUAAAAAAAAGUUAAAGUCUUCCAAAACCAAGACGAAACAAAGCUGCUUGAGAUUGUUCCAUCACCAUAUUUCAUUACAGUGGCUGAAGCUUCUCAGAGAUUGCCUAGAUGCGCCUUGCUGGGCCAGUCCUCACCUUUUGCAUCUUAUCCUGUUGAGUAUGGAGCCCCCAUUGCCAGCUGAGGCUCAGGAGAAGCUCCUCUACCUGACCUCUAUUUACACCCAAGAAGAUGGUGCUUUUCCCACUUCUGGUUCCACACGGGACGUUUGCAAGCAGCCCAUUUACACUGUGGAGAGCUUGCUGAAGGUCAAUGUUGCUGCUGCUGCUUCUGCCCACGAAUUAUUGAAGAGAACAUGGCGGACAGAGGUGUUGCCAGGAACGGUGAAAGAGAAAGGACUGGAAGAGGAGGAGGAGGAAGAAGAGAUGUACACCCAGUCACCGUCACAGCAAGAACCUUUUUUCCUGGAAGACCCAGCAGCUUUGGCUGAAAAAAGAAAAGCUCUUCAGGGGGCAGUCUGGCAAGUCGGCUCAGAUGAACUGAAAUGGAGAAAUUUUCCUCUGGGAAAACUACCUGGCCAAACGGAUGAUCCCGAUACCCUGUUAGUGGAUAACUAUACCAUGAUGUCGGCUCUUGACCAACUGGAGAAUGGAGACAGGAAAUAUUCCCCCAACAAUGUCUCACCAGAAUGGUCUGGUUUCCUUACGUCAGGACUCAUAUGGACCCAGAGCGAGCUUCAUAAAUUAAAGAGUGGGAUUCAGCAUUUUUGAGCAGGAGAUUCUUUAUUAAUGAUAUAACACAAUGGGAGGUUUUCCUUGCCACUCAAGGAACAAUACUGUGCCUGCCUGCUCUUUGAAAGUUCUUUUUGGUGCAAUGCAGCUACUUCUCCAUCAUAGAUAUUCCCCCUGGACAUUUAAGGGCUGUGGAGAAGCAGGCACACUUAAUCCACACAACAGAUCUGCCCAUUGCUAAAAUUCAUUUUUGUAUUUUUAAAAAAUAAUUAAAUGUUUUAAUAUUUUUAAU